GAUACGCGCAACACGUGACGGCGGAAUCACAACACGGAGGCGAGGUUACACAACAACAACAACAAACAACAACAUCCACAGCGUUACGUAUUAGCUACUUACCGCUAGUUAUUAAUAUUAACAAGACGGCUACGGUGGCCGAUAGCACAGUCUCAGGAGGAAGACGCGCGCGACGAAAGAUGUCCAGUUGACAAUUGGCGGGCGUGACGAGGAGGAGGAGAGGAGAGGGGAGGAAUUGAACGUUGACUGGACAUUUGUGGGGGAGAGAAGAGCUUCAUAGCUCAUCGGAUUCCUCCAGAAUUGAGAGGAGGGGAACGGCUGAUAGGGAAACGCGAGUGGGGCGGGGUGGGUGGACGGCUUCCAAGAAGAGAGACGAGAGGGGUUAGACGAAGAAAGGGGGGCCAUGACAGGAUCACUUAAGUGGAUGGUCAACGAGGUGAGGAGGAGGUGAGGAAGAGAGAGCGAGAUUCGAGGAGGUACACGGAGACCACACGGACCCCAGACGGACCCCACACGGACCGGCCUGGCGGUGAGAGAGGGAGGCAGCGAGGAAGCGAGGCGGGACCUCUCCCUGCCGGCCGGAGUUGACCCCCUCGGUUCGACCCCCUCGGCUCGACCCGGGGUCAAGUCCAUGGACGCGUUGACCCUGCUGGGAGUCUACUCGGGGGGCUGCGUCCUGCUGGUGCUGCUCGUGUUGAGCGGACGAGGCCGGGGCUGGCUGGACGCGGCGUCUCGAUGCGUCCCCACGCCUCUGAACUCCGCGGUGACAAAGGUCAUCGACCACCUCUUCAACCGCAGGUCGUGGUUCUUCGUGUGGCUGCACGCGGCCCUGGAGGCGGCCGUGGGGCUCGAGUACUGGCUGGAGGUGGCCGGGCUGUGCCACCAGCUGGCGCUGCCCUCCGGUGCCAUCGCUGCCCCGUACGCACUUCUCUGCCUCCACGCCUGCUUCUUCUACCUGUGCUGCACGCGCGACCCGGGCACAAUCACUCAACACAACCACGCCAAGCUGAGAGCCGUUUACCCGUACGAUGGAAGGCUCUUUCUUCAGGGCCGCGUCUGCCGCACUUGUCUUUUUGAAAAGCCGGCGCGAUCCAAGCACUGCCGUGUCUGUGACCGCUGCGUGCACCGCUUUGACCACCACUGCGUGUGGGUGAAUGGCUGCGUGGGCGCGGGGAACCUGCCCCUCUUCCUCGGCUACCUCCUGUCGCUGACGGCGGCGGCCUCCUGCAUGGCGGCGGUGAUGGUGGCCGCGCUGCACCGGGCCGCCGUGCUCUCCGGCCUCGUCCAGGAAGGCUCCGUCGGGGGCCUGCACGGCGAGAUGCCGUCGCUGCCCAUCACCGACAUCGUUCAGUUGCUGUUCCUCAGCUUUCCAAGGCUGGUCUUCACCCUCGGCUUCCUGAUCAUCAUCUCCGUGCUGCUUGGGGGCUUCACGGCGUUUCACCUUUACCUGCUGCUCAUCAACCGCACCGCCAACGAGUGGCACCUGGCGCGAGGCUGCCCCUCUGCAGCACGGCCGCCCCCCUCCGCCGCCGCUGGAGACGUCCGCGGUGGCGGAGCUGCGAGCACAAAAUCCCAGCCUGGCGGAGCACCGACUCCAGAUGUGGAACGUUCACGGUCGGACUCUGAACCAGGGCGAGACUCUAAAGCUAAACGACGGAUCGUUCGACGGCAGCGCAGGGCUCAGCUGGCAGGUCCUGCAGGAGUUCCCGCAGGAGGUUAUGAGGAUCUGCUCCUGGACGAUCGAACGAACUUCUACUCCAAGGGGUGGAUGCGCAACAUUUCAGAGGCGCUGUGGUCUCACGUUUGAGCUGCUAAUAGCGUGAUGCCUCUGCCUGUUACACAGCGAGUGUCUUGAACAGUUGUUACGUCCAACCGUGGUUCUUAUUUUGCUCACGAACAGUUGUGCGUCAUCCGGCAGAACGGCAAUGUUGAUGAGCGCAAGGUUAUUUAAAACCAUCGCAUAUGAAAACAUUACCGCUUUGCAAAAAAUGCACCUCAAAAAUAAAAACGAAUUUAACAGUG